UGCUAACGUCCGAGUACAGCGGAAAGUGGGGAGUCAGGUCGUUCGCCUCGUCGCACACAGUUUCUCUCCCAUUUCAGCAGUUAUUUAGCCUGUCGUUGGGCUGGCUAUCGUGCUGCCAGCGGCUAUGGUUCAGCUGCCGUUCUGGGUGCUCUUCCUAAUGUAUUUUUACCCAUGUGACGUCAAGCUCUCGUGCUUUUGUUUCGGAUGUAACGGCAGUUUGCUUGCGGUGAGGUUGGGAAGCCCCCACUGCCCCCACUCUGGAGAGCUUUCGUGGCUGUCGGCUGUUCGGUAGCUUCCGACGUGUGACAGGCGCUACUCGUGAAUAGAUUGCUGCAUUGCUGUAUGCUGCAAAUUGUGAGACUACAUUUUUCGGUGCAGAUGCGUUAAACUUGGUGAUCGAACGAUGUUUUGAAACGUGAUGCGGAUAACGUGGCUAUGCAAGGCUCGCGCUCCCGUGCACGAGCCACGAGCGCAGAACGGGCUUACCAAGCGGCUAGGCGAAGUAGAAGAUCGCAGUUCCUGAGCAGGAGGUUGUGCCAUGAAGAAGUCGUUUGAAGGUGAUUUGCAGCGUGGAUUAUGCCUCCCGAGAUUGGAAAUUCCAGGAGCUACUAGUAGGAUGAUACGAGAUUGUGAAGAAGCAGCUGUGAAUGCUGCUGAUGAGCCUGGAUGUGCGCCUUCAGACCUUCUGAACCUAAUGACCGCCUGGAGGGCACAGAUAGGUCUUCAGCUUAAGGGGGACCUCCAAGUUGAAGGAGGACAGCACCUAACCAGAGAUGAACUACAGCAAGGCAUGAAAAGUAUAAUAGACAUUUUGCUGGACCAGAACCAGCAGCUUGUGUGCUGUCUAGCUGAGCUAGAGAGAGAAGCAGUAAAAAGGACCGUGCAGAUGCAAAAGCGGCUGCAGUCUACUGCCAACACCACACGGGAAACUGUGCAUAAAAUGUCGGAGUGGGGUGAAGAAAUCCAGACCAUCAUCUCAAAGAAGCACCUUGCUGAGGAAGCUGCUCUUGAGUCCAAGUACAUGGUGGCUGACCUGCAAAAAGAAAACCGGCAGCUCAGGAACUACAAUGACAACCUGUACAGUGAUGUACAGUCGCUGUUAAGCAUCAUAAAUGUAGCUCGCACUACUGGGAACUGGGAGAUGGAUUGUGUAACAUUCUGUGUUAUCUCCCCAGAAGAAGUCUACGGGCCGAUCUGUCACUUAUCAGCACAGAACACUGAUGGAAUGGCCACCAUGGAUGGGAAGCCUGACACGCUACAAAGCCCAGAAACUGAGUAUCCCACCAAGUUCAGUGAGAGCCUUCCAGCACUCUUCACUGUUCUGGAUGAAAGCAUGGCCAUCCAAGAGCCCCAUGCCCCAAAGUCUGUUGAGAGCUUUCUGCGCUCCUCUUCGUGCAACGUAAAACCAAGAAAUGUACGGCGACGCCUUAUUUUUGACACUGCAAAAAAACUGUCCGCUCCUAAGCCCAACUCCCGUUAUAAGCACUUGGGUGCUCCCCCUGUGAAAAAGAAAAGUGUUGCAACGAAAUCGUAUGCUGAAGUUGGUGCCCAGACUUGUGCAGCUCCUCCAAUUGUUGGAGACAUGAGUACCCAGGUGAAUCUGUCAAGUCUAUGGAGGGAGCAUGACCAAAACAAGGCCUCAUCACAUAUCCAUCCUUUGUCGCUGUACACUGACAAUCAAAGGAAGUCCUCACUGGCUGAUGUAGAGUCGGAGUGUGCGAUCAACUUCAGUGAGAGCCUCCCAGCAAUGUUCACAGAGUGGCAUGAAAGUGUGGCCAUCCAAGAGGCCCCAAAGUCCGUCAAGAGCUUUCUGUGCUCCUCUACAUGUAAAGUAAAAUCAAGAAAUGUACGCCGACGCCUAGUCUUUGACACGGCAAAAAAACUGUCUGCUCCUAAGCACAAUGCUCGUUAUAAGCACUUGGGUGCUUCCCCUGUCAAAAGCAAAAGUGCUGCAGCGAAAUCGUGUGCUGAAGUUGGUACCCAGACCUUUGCAGUUCCUCCAACCGUUGAAGAUAUGUGUACUCAAGUGAACCUGUCAAGUGCAUUGAGGAAGCUUGACCAAAACAAGGCCUCAUCACAUAUCCAUCCCUUGUUGGUACACACUGACGAUCAAAGGAAGUCCUCGCACACCAAUAUGAAGUCUGAGUGCCCGAUCAACCUCAGUGAGAGUGUGCCAGCAAUGUUCACAGUGUGGGAUGAAAGUGUGGCCAUCCAAGACGCCCCAAAGUCCGUCAAGAGCUUUCUGCGCUCCUCCACAUGUAAAGUAAAAUCAAGAAAUGUACGGAGACGUCUUGUGUUUGACUCGGCGAAAAAACUGUCCGUUCCUAAGUUGAACUCCCAUUAUAAGCACUUGGGUGCUUCUCCUGUGAAAAGGGACAGUGCUGCAAUGAAAGCUUAUGCUGAAGUUAGCGCCCAGACGUACAGUGGUGCUGCCACUGUAGCUCAACACUGUGCUGAUGUUGGCACACAAACCUUUGCAACUCCUCCAACUUUAAAAGAAAUCGGUACUCAGGUCGACUUGUCAAGCUCCUUGAUGAAGAAUGAGCAGAAUGAGUCAUCAGCUACUAUGUUGCUGCUAACAGGAGAUGAAAAGAAAUCCACGGCGAUGAUGAGCACGCAGACAGAUGUCGAGUGGGAGACAUGUCUCCCAAGUGGAAACGAAACGAGGGACCAAGAGCUCUGCUCUCUAAAGGAUCGCCUGGCAUUGGCAAUACAAGAGGCGCAGUCUAAGGCUUUGCUUGCGAUGGAGCUGCAAGUUCACCUUGAUAUGUCUGCAAAAGAGGUUGAACUUCGCGACCAAGUCGUGAGCAACCUUGAAAAGAAGUUGUCAGCCGCUAGACAGGAAACUGAUCAUUUAAAAAAGCAGCUAACAAGUGUCGAGUGUGAGCUGGAAUCGGUCAAGAGGAUCUCGCAGAAGGAGAAAGCUGAAACUGAGCUCUGCAAAUCAGAGUUGGAGAAAAUGGCUGUAACGGUGAAACAUCUUCAGGAUGCCCUGGUCGAGUACAAGAAGAAUGGCGCAGCAGCUUCACCAACAGUGUUGCCGAAAGUCCAUGACGUGUGACUUUUUUUACAGCGCUUGUGAAAAGUGACAUGAGAGUGAAAACUGCCGCAGCAGGGUUAACUGUAAAGCAGAAAACACUUUUCUCUCCAAUGGUUGUGAUUUGAUAUUCAUGCCAUUUCAUUUUCUGUUUUUUCACCCACGGUAUAUUUGCUUUUUGAUGGGAAUCAUGAAAAUGCGUGCAGUGCUAACGUCAGUGAUGUCACUUGCCCUGUGAUAAAUGUGAAGGUCAUUUCAUAAACCUCUUGUGCUUUUAGUGUGCAAUGUGAAAAAUUCUGUGACAUAGUAUUUUUAGGCUAAUAAAUACUUUUACAAUGUUG